GUCAAGGUCUACUCCAGACCCACUUGGUAUCGUACUUACAGCACUCGAGUACUAGUACGAGUACAAUGACAGUAUCAUAUCUUUGAGACAGCGCUGGUUUGGCUAAGGUUUUGCACACCAUAUAUGGAGGAAAAACAAACUCAUCUGCACCGCUCCUACAUCACCCUCUUCCGCCCUUCUAUGAGACGUUACCACCUUCUUCCCCACAACAUACGGGCCCCACCGGUAUCCCGAUUCUUGCAGCUAUGAUUUUCAGAUACCGCAUUGCUCGGGAAGCCUGGGGUAGCCGUAUCGUUCCCGGGAUCCUCCAAUCGUCGUCCGUACUUGCCCGGCAAGCUUUGUCCCUCUUUCGCCCAACGGUCCUAACGCCCGCCACAACUACCCUCCCUCCACCAUCAAAGGAACAAAUUCAAGCCAUCAAGAUCAUACAGACUAGCCGAAGCAAUAUCCUUAUCAAUGCGUGUGCGGGUUCCGGGAAAACCACCACAAUCCUUCAGCUGGCCGCCGCGUCGCCGGACCAGAAUUUCCUGAUCCUUGUUUACAACACUCGCUUGAUGAUGGAAACCAAUCAACGCAUUGCAAGCCUGGGACUGGAAAAUGCCGUUGUUUACAAUUAUCACACUCUCGGUCAUCGGUUUUAUUCCCCCAACUGCGAUACCGAUCAAGGUCUGAAGCGAAUUAUCCGGGAUAAACUUCCAGUUAUGGAUGGGAAGAGGCUUCCGCUCUGUGAUGUUCUUGUGCUUGAUGAACAGCAAGACAUGACACCUGUCCUCAAAACGUUCAUUGAUACGGUAGUACGGGACAUUGAGGGUUCGAGCGGCGCGGGAAAACGGAUUAGUCGAGUUAGGCAUGUGCUGCUCGGGGAUAUACGGCAGGAAUUGUAUGGGUUUAACGAUGCCGAUAGUCGCUUCCUGACAUUAGCACAUCUCAAGGAGUUAUUCGGAAAUGAAGAAAAGUGGGAAACAAUCACACAGAACAUCUCAUACCGUUUGACGGAGCCGAAUGCAAAGUUUAUCAACAAUCAGAUACUGAAGCCGAUAUCAGGAGGGGAAAUUGUAUCCAUCAAAGACAAAGCUCCAGAUGGUUCAGCUUUUCCGAGGCCUCGAUACGUAUUUUAUGAACCGCUUGGCGAUGAUCCUAUAGUCGAUUACAAGCCCUUUCAGGAAAUUCUACGUCUACUCAAUAAAAUGGAUCACUCAGACAUUCUCGUUCUUGCGCCUUCAUUAAAAAACCCCCAUUUUAUCGAUCUUGCAAAUUGUCUGGCUUUGAAGGGGUAUCCCGUGCUGGCCCCCGUCUUUGAGGACAGCCAAGGCGUCUCACCCUCGCAAUCUAAAAAGAAGAUAGUGCUUUGUACCUAUCACCAAUCCAAGGGGAUCGAGCGCGAGGCCGCUGUUCUGUAUGGGUUCGACAAAAGCUACGACUGCUAUCGUAACAAGUCCUCUGAGAUCCCCCCAGUUGCCGAAAACCCACAGUAUGUGGCUGCGACGAGGGCUAAAACAGAUUUGGUGCUUCUGAACAACAGUAAAUACGGCCACCCUUCAUUCAUAGAUCUGAAAACAUUAGACGAUACUUGCGAGAUUGUGAAUAGGGAAAUUCAUUCCCCCAAUAGAGAGGGAACGAGUGGUGUCCAGAGGUUUGGCGUUACAGCCUUGACUAGGAACAUCCAUGGCCUAGUUAUGUCGAAGUGCAUUCAAGAGUUGGAACUUGAGCAAAAAUCCCCCCCAGCUUACGGGGGAAGUUCCCCCCCUUCGGAAAUUGACAUCGGUGGGGGGCUUGUGGAAGGUGUGGCGGAUAUAACGGGAGCCGCAGUGCCGGCGAUCUACGAGUACUUCAUGAAAGGGAGACGUGCUACCAGUUCCUACUGGUACCUUACUUCAUUCUAUGCUCUGUUCCGAUAUUUCAAGGCGUAUAACAAUGGGUCGUGGCAGGCCCAGGCGCAGUUGUUUAAGCGAAUCCAAGAUGACCGACCCGAGAUCAAUGAUCAUCUACGAAGCGUUCUGUCGAAGGUGGCCGCUGGGGAACUAAACCAUAGCGAUUUUUUGUUCCUAGCAAACUUCACAUUGGCGAUCGAGAAUGGAUUAUUGGUCAAGCUUCUGUCGAUACCACUUGAUCGCUAUCUAUGGAUUAAACCGGAGCACACGAAGAAUAUUAUUCGUAUCCUGUUCCCUCAAAUCCCUCUUCGUUGCCAGUUUGAGCAGCAUAUUUCCCAUACCUUUAGCAGAUCCCAGUUUGCCAAUGGGGUUAAGGCACGUAUAAUAGGAAGACUUGAUAUCUCAGAUCUCGACAAUAAAUGCCUAUGGGAAGUGAAAUACACGCGGGAACUGCGAGCUGAGCACAUCUUGCAAGCUGCAUUAUAUGCAGGGCUUUUAGAGGCAAAGUAUGGAAAGGGCUUUACUCCCAGGCUCAUAAAUGCGAUGUCGGGAGAAAUUAUUGGGAUCAAGCCGAAGACGGAAAACUCUUACGGGAACAUUAUCCGAUUUCUUGUAGAUGCAAAGACUGCCGAAUCCACCAUCCUAGCGAAUUUAACGGAUGAGGAAUUCAUAAAAGAGGCAGGGAAUGGAUUUGAGAACUAUAUUGGUCCAGCUGUGUUACCUUCUUGGCUCGGCGAUCGGAAGAUAGCCAAAAGUAGUAGAAAAAGCAUCACUGUUGAGGAUGAUGAAACCUACUGGUGGCGCAAAAAAGGGACUGCUAACAUUGCCAAAGAAGCUGCAUGA